UUUAAAUUUGUUUUUAGCUGUCAUUUGGUCAGUUAUUUAUACGUCAGUGUGGUUUGUAAAGUUCCUCAUAAUUAUUUUGUGCAAUCUAAUAAGAAGUGGCGUACAUCCGAGUCAUCAUCACUUUUCAAGAAUGUUUGUUUGUCUGGUUUGGUUGCGUUUAUUUCUUCUUCUUCUUGUUUGAAGCAUUAAUUUAUUUGUAUUAUCUCGUUAGGGGCCCAGACCCAUGUGGCACGAAACUCUUUCUCUAUGCACAUGACGAUCGAACAAAAAAGCUUUAUUCUCAAAAUUUGGUUACUGAGUUGAUUAAGAAAUUUGUGAAGUAGAAACGAUAAUACAUGCAAACUCAAAUUAAAAUUACUUUUUAUGUACUGAUCUUUAAAAUGUGCCCAGAAAAUACGAAAUAUUUUUAAUGCGAUAAAAAGUGUUACAAUUUGUGAGAUCUAAUCUUUGAUUUUCUGUAUUUCCUUCUCUCGUUUUCUUUGUCACUGUUGAAAGUCUGCCAUCAAACAGAUGACAUCACAAUGAUUCCUGAGAUUCUAAGAUCACGUGGUUUGGUUCUAUCGUUCAUCUUACGUGUAUGGAUGGAUACAGUCUGAAAGGCAAUGGAACGCUGCAAUGUGUUCCAGGAGGAUCACAGUUUUAUCUGCUUUGGAACGAUUCUAUACCAACAUGUGAAGAGGUUACAGUGACAGACAAACCGACUGUCGUCACGGAACAAUUCAAAGUUUUCGACAUUACGUCAUCAGUACAUAUGGGAAUGGCAUCCACGCCCACCAAAGUUCCUCCAUAUAGCAAGGAGUGCGUGCCACCUACCACACAAACUCUGGUCUUUAUGGGCACCACUGGCGGACUGGCUGUUCUUCUCCUUUUCAUAGCAUCAUGCUGGAUAGUGUCUCGGAUUCGAAGGCAUCUUUCUACUAAACAUGUGGCUAAAAAAGAGGUGACUCACACCUACCUCGACAUGUCUAGAUCUCUUCAAAGAGGUGACACACAAAACCAGGGGACAGCACUGAAUGAAACUCUCUCCCGACCCCUCCCAGGAACUCAGUCACGAGAUGAAGAAGAUAAAGACACCAAGCAUUUGAAACCUACUGUGGUAUACUAUGAAAGCAUUCCAUCGAACAAACUUAAUGUGAAUUACGAAAGCGCCACAGACACCGUACCAGCGGACAAGCUGGAGGGUCACUACGAGAGCGCCACCAAUACUGUUCUUUCAGAUCUUCCUGAAAGCACGUAUGUAAAUGCAGAAGAUGAGGACCACUUAAAAGAUGUGGAACAGGAUGACUUUGGUUAUAUUCUUCCAAGCACUCAACCAAUUCUAACAGUACCAAGCAACGUGUUACCAAGUCAAGUGAGGCAGUCAGGCGGUCAGUUUCGACCACGUCUUACCUAUGAUGAAGACGGUUAUCUAGACCCUCGCUUAUGAGAUGUAAAAUCUAUCAGCCUUUCGGUUCCGAACAGAACCACACUCGAUUGUCCUGUUAUGAAUUAGGUAUGUGUGUCCCGAUAUAAUUAUCUGUGAUAAUACUGAAAUAAAUAGUAACGAGAAUAAUCAUCCUUAUAAAUGACUUUCAAGAUAAUUUACAAAGCCUUUUUCUUUUAAAUUUCACUGAUUUCCGGAGAUAUCGAUGUAUGCAUGUUAGCCGGGAAAGUUCAGAUUGCAAUAAUGGAAGGACAUCGUAAAGAUUCUGUUAUUUUUCAAGCCAAUUUGAAAUACUCACUGUGAAGUUUCAUGUCAAGACUGGUUUGGAACAUCGUGAAGUGCUAUACGUGAUAGUCUGAUACAGUUAAGGCCAGGACAAAUUCAAUGUAAACGAAAUAGAGAAAGUUGCUGAGAAAUGCAGACUUUAUAGAACAAUGAUGACGUUAGAGGUUGACAACCUAAUUCCCGGCAAUAACGGAAAGCCUUGUAUGUUUUGUUUUAUUACUCAGCAGUUGCAGAUUUUCUUCCAGACUCAAAUAUUUGGUUGGAAAUGAGUUUGAUUCGGUUAAAUUUUAGUUUUAACCGUUAUUAUAAGAUAAUCUAUCUUAAAGGAAGAAAGCGAUUCGUAUCAUCUUUUAUAAUGAUUCACAAUCAUAAAUAUGCUAUAAAUAUAUAAAAUUACAGCGACCAAAUAAUUUAGGGAAUGAUAUUGAUUAGAAGAUAGUACGCAUCACAUUCAAAAUCUGUAAAUAGACACAUUUAAAUCCAACUAUCCACAUAGUACAAUGAUUAAUCACGAUGAAUUUACUCGUGCGUCGGCAAGAAAUUUAAGCCAAGAGUUGCUUGUUUUAAGAGGAUUCAUGAUGAAGAAGAUAAACUAUCAAAUUGCAAAGAGAAAAGGUAAACUCUCUUUCCAUAAUAAAAAAUGGGAUUGUGCUCCAACACUUUUUGAUAAGUUUACUGUAAGCUAACAUUGUUGACUUCUUCAUUAUACUACCAAAGCAUAUGCUCAAGCUAAUUAUUAAUGUUUGUAUUUUUUUGUAUAAGUAAUGUAAACGUUUUAUUGUAUCAUUUCAUGAAAGCUGCUUUUGUGAACCGGAAGGUACCAAUAGCCCCAGGCACUCGCACCCACACCCGCUAUGGCAAUCGUGCCCUUUCUAUUUGUGCCAAACUUCACCAUGAAAUACACGAGUCCCCAAUGUUAGAAACCUUCAAGAGUAAACUUAAAACUUAUCUGUUCAAUAUGUAAUGUAAUCAUAUUUCAUUUUUCAAUGUAUAAAGCGCUAUGUAAAUAUUAAUUAUUAGGAAUUUGUU